CUCCCAGAGCCGUGAGCCCACGUUCGCGCUCCCGCGUUCCCGCGCGAAGCCGAAAACCCUUUCGCGCUCUCGCUCGGGUCGCUCCCCUCCCCACCCCGCCCUUUUCUUCCCCCGUCCACACCCACGAUUCCUCCUCAAUUCCCUCCCAUCUCCAAAAGUAACCGCCAAGUUCCCAACCUGCCAAGCUGCAAUGCCGACCGUCCGCAGCUGCAGCGCCACGGCGAACGCGUCCCACGCCGCAACCCCCUCCUCUGCCGCGGCGAGCAUGCCGCGCAGCGUCAAGCGCUGGCUGACGCCACGCCGCACCGGCGAGUCACCCGACGCGUCGCGGCACACCUCCCCUCGCCGAUCCCCGCACGACGGCGUUGGAACCGUGUGCACGCCGAAGCUGCUCUCGGCGUCGCCCAAGUCCUCCAGGAAGCGGCUUUACGGAGACCUUGUCGCGGCCGAGAAGCCCAGGUGGAAUCCCCGAGACACCGCGCAGAUGCGGGCGGUCAAGGAGGCGCUGCACGUGGCGACGGUGCCGUCGUGUGGAUUGGUUUGCCGGGACAACGAGCAAAGGCGCGUGCUUGAAUUCUGCAUGGCGUGCAUCGAGCAGGAGAAGGCUGGAAGCCUGUAUGUGUGCGGGUGCCCUGGCACAGGGAAGACCUUAUCUAUUAACAAGGUCAAGGGGAGUUUGGUGCGUUGGACAGAUGAGAUAGGAAUGGAGACACCUGAUGCACUAGCAAUCAAUUGUACAAACCUAAGAAACACAUCUGAGAUUUUUAGCAAGAUACUAGGACAGUUUCAGAACCUGAAGAAGGGAAGCUGCAAAUUGUCACCGCUUCAGCAACUCCAGAGCAUGUUUUCCAAUAAGGAAUCAGCUCCAAAAAAGAUGAUGCUGGUCGUUGUGGAUGAGAUGGACUACUUAAUAACAAGAGACCGGGCUGUGCUACAUGAUCUUUUCAUACUUACGACUUUCCCUUUCUCGAGAUGCAUACUAAUAGGGAUUGCAAAUGCCAUAGACCUAGCAGAUCGGUUUAUUCCAAAGCUUGAAUCCUUAAAUUGCAAACCUUAUGUUGUGACUUUCCGUGUUUAUUCCAAGGAUCAAAUAUCUGACAUAAUUAAGCACAGGCUAAAUGUUCUCGAGUAUGAUGUUUUUGAACCACUGGCAUUGGAGUUUUGUGCUAGAAAAGUCGCAGCAGCCUCUGGUGACAUGCGAAAAGCUCUUGGUGUUUGCAGGAGUGCUGUGGAGGUUCUUGAAACAAGGCUAAAAGAUUCAUUUGAUCAAGAUCUAGGAAUAGUGACAUUUGACCAUAUGGAUAUAGCCUUGUCAAAGGCAUUCAAGUCGGCAGUAGUAGAUAGCAUACUGUGUCUUCCCCAACACCAACAGAUGGUACUAUGUGCAUUGGCAAAUACUUUUCAGCAUUGCAAGAAAAAAGCUACUAUUCUAGGAGAGCUCAACAAAUCUUACAUAGAAAUCUGUAGAUCAACCCAAGUCCCAGCAGUUGGAAUGCUUGAAUUUUCCAACAUGUGUAUGGUUUUGAGUGAUCAGGGAUUCAUGAAGCUAGGGCAAUCCAAGGACGAUAAGCUUAGGAGAGUAACACUUCAGAUUGACAGUUCAGAUAUCACUUUUGCAUUUAAGGGAAAUCGUUUCUUUCAAAAAUGCCUGGAGCAGCCAAGAUCGUAGACUCAAUUGAAUACUCCAUGCGGCCAAUUGUGUUUAUACAUUAUUUGUGCAUAGACAUUAAUACAUUGCCAAGUAUCAACAAUUCCAACCCUGGAUGUGCAAAAUCCCAGAUGGUUGCAUUAUACUGGAUCAAUCCGUGGUAUAAUUAUGAAGAAACUCUAUUGGAGCUCCGAGAGAAGUGUGUACAUGUAAUGAGUUAUAAUAGUCUGGUCUGACACAAUUCUUCCAAAAGAUAGUUGGCUGUAGUUCUGUUUUUUUUUUUUUUUUGUUUCUUCCAAAACCUAUUGAUUAUGUAGCUAACCAUUAACAUAUCAAUAACAGUUUUUGGCACAAUUCUUGCUGAAAGUUGAAAUCAGCAAUGCGAAGCUUGAAUACGCUCGUGAUAUUGUU